AUGAGAAAGGAAGAGACAAUACAAUUCCUUCAAAAUUCUUGGAAAAUGAAUGAUGUUGAAUCGCAAGUAAAGACUGACCGAGAAAGGUUUUUAAACAAACUGAUACAAACUAUUUAUGAAAGAGUUCCAUUCCAACUAUUGACUGCAUUCACACUUGCAUCGUUACCUCCAAAUGAGCGUGAGAUACCAAGUUUGGAACAAAUUGAUAAAGUAUGUAUGUCUGGGCUGGGUGGAAGCUGUGGUUUGCUAAGUGUGUUUGCAUACCGUCUGUUGAAAGCUCUCGGAUACUCUGCCCAUCUAUGUGGAACUACUGUAACAAGUACAGUCCUCAACAUCCACCUUACUGUCAUCGUUAAAGAUCUUGUUAACACUGGUGACAUCCACCUUGUCGACUGCGGGUUAGGCCAGCCUUCGUUUCAAACCAUUUCAUUAAAUUUUAACGAGGAGUCGCCAGUUUACCAGGAGUCGUAUCUUGAGUAUAAAUACAUCAAGCGUGAUGGUAAGAUUCUUCGCAUGCAUGGCGAGGGUGACCUGAUCAAGCGUAACGAUCCACCAAUAGAAGGCCUUGACCUCAUUCUAGGAAAAUGGAGGCGUUUCUAUGAAUUCUCUCUUGAGGAUUUUGAACAGAAAACCUUAAAAACACUUGGGAAUUAUUUUGAUGUGCGCUACGGUCCAAACAAUAUGAUACCUCGAAUAUCAAGGUUUCCUGGUGGUAAGGCUCAUUUGAUGAUGGGAAAUAAUUUGUUUCUCGAGCAAGAAGAUCGGAAGUUGAAGAAUAUAAAAUUGCAGUCAAAUGAUGAAAUAUUGAAAGCAUAUCGGGAUUACUUUCCUUCUGUCGAUGAAAAUCUUGUUCACCAUGCUUAUUCAAUAUGGCGAAAGAACUAUCUUUAA